AUGCAGCCGAUAGGCUCCGGCGACGAUGUGGAGGAGUGGCACGCCGGCGACGAUGACGAUGACGGAGGCGCGGAUGCGGUUGCUGAUGCGGCGGCGGAUGCGACGGUAGAAGCUCAGGCGGCGGGUGCAGAUGCGGAGGCGGAAGCAGAUGCGGAUGCGGAGGCGGAUGCAGAUGCGGAUGCGGAGGCGGAUGAAGAUGCGGAUGCGGAGGCGGAUGCAGAUGCGGAGGCCGAAACAGGCGCAAAUACGGCUGCUGUUGUGGUGGCGGAGGCGGGUGAUGGCCGUGAUGCUGUCUUCUUCGAAGGCGGCGAGAGGACGACGCGGACGACCCAUGGCGCGUCUCGUCAGAUGAUGACCCCGGAUGAGGAGCGGCGACCCCGCGUCCCUGCUGCUGACAAGGGGAAGGCUAAGGUGGUUGAGGUUCCUGCUAAGGUCGCCCCUCGCGUCGGACAGAGCAAGAAGAAGUGGAAGGACGAUGGCGACCCGGGUUCAAGCAAAGGCGCGAAGAGGCAGAAGAAGAAGGCUGUCAAGAACAAGGACGACAUCUUGGUAAACGAGGCGCAGGGCAGUGACGACGACUACGCGGAGGCUGCAGGCCCCAUGCCUUCAUUCCCUGAGAAGGCGAAGCCAAAAGACCCCACCAUCUGGAACCUGAGGAGACCCCCGCAUCCCGUGGUGCUGCAGUGGAUAGCGGAGGCGUGGGAUCAAGUCCUAGGCAGGAGCACCACCGAUGUCACCGAAGACAUGUGCCUCGGGGGCACCACGGGCGACAACACGCGCCUGCUUGGGAACGCUCCCGAGGAGGAGGAGGAGGAGGAGAUGCAGGCGGAGGGCGUGGAAAGAGGUGGCCGUGGCCACCGGCCUGGAGGUGCUGUACCAGGAGACCCCUCACUACGGGGGAGCGGCGGCCGAGGCUGA